AUGUUUUAUAUUCUACUUUUUCUAAUUAGUAUCACUGCCGCUUUUGACGAAGAAAUUCAUUUCAAAUACGAGACGUUACCUUGGCAUGAAUUUGUUGAAUAUUUUAAUAAUUUAAAUUUAACAUGGAAAAUAAGUGUUCAUAACAAUAAUGACGACAACCAUCAGCAUUGCAGUGUUAUCGGACUUAACCAAACUUACCCCAAAAUUACACAUGAUUUAAGCGUCCUUGAUUUGCCUGAAAUUUUUGAUGCGAGAGAGAAAUGGUCGCAGUGCACUUCCAUUGGUAAAAUAUAUGAUCAACAAACCUGCGGAUCUUGCUGGAUGUUCGCUACAGCCACCACUGCAACGGAUCGAAACUGCAUUCACGCCAAUAUUAAUGUAGAUUUGUCUGAACAAGAUUUGGGUUGCUGUGCAGAUUGUUAUAUCGGCCCGCUUUGUCUUAAUGGAGGCUUGCCAGACCGAGCUUUUAACUUUUGGAUUUCUAAUGGACUAGUAAGCUAUGAUUGCAGACCCUAUAAUAAUGACGAUUUAAUGAAUGAUAACGUUUGCUACAAAAGUUGCGUAAACAAUAAAGACUAUGUUCAAGAUAAGAAUUAUGGUGGCAAAAUGUAUACCGUGGCAGCUGAUGCUGAACAAAUUAAAGCGGAACUUUUUACAAACGGUCCCGUAGCAGCAAGUUUUGUGGUAUAUGAUGAUAUAAGAAACUAUACCAGUGGUGUUUAUGCACACAAAUAUGGAAAAAGAUUAGGCAAUCAUGCUGUCCGCAUAAUUGGAUACGGGGAGGAAAGUGGCGAAAAGUAUUGGUUAAUUGCUAAUAGCUGGGGUAUGAAUAGAGGAGAAAACGGGUUCUAUAAAAUAAAGCAAUUUCAAGAGGAUAUACAAUUGGAAAAUCACAUAAUUGCGGCUAUACCCAGGGGACAAUAA